CAAGCACUUCCACACCACCUCUCGUUGAAACCAUAUAGAAAAGAAAAUAUAGUCUCUCUUUCUAUCUGGUUUUGUAUUAUUAUAAACUCCAUUAUACAUAUAUAUAGAUAUAUAAUAAAUCUUGAGAAAAUUUUUAUGGCUGAUCAGGGUCGGAUCAACGGCAAAGAUGUGCCGGGAAUUAAGCUCUUUGGGACAACAAUCACUCUGCAAAACAGCAGACAAUUAGUGAAAGAAGAGCCCAACGAGAAAGCUGAUCAGACGAUGGAGAUGAAAAGGCCAGAAAAGAUCAUACCUUGCCCUAGAUGCAAAAGCAUGGAGACCAAGUUUUGUUACUUCAACAACUACAACGUUAACCAGCCAAGACACUUUUGUAAGGGCUGCCAGAGGUACUGGACGGCCGGUGGGGCCCUCCGGAACGUGCCGGUCGGUGCCGGUCGACGGAAAACCAAACCACCCUGCCGUGGCCUAGCCGGCUUGCCGGAGGGUUGCCUUUAUGAGGCUUCUGAGGUAGUGCACCAGUUUGACUUGGAUGGUAUGGUAGAAGAGUGGCACGUGGUGGCUUCUCAGGGCGGUUUCCGCCCUGUUUUCCCGGUCGGGAAGCGGCGGCGGAGUAGUUCAGCAUAUCGAAGACUUACCAUGAUCAUCAUAUGGAUACUUUGCCGGCCAAAAGCAUAUGCUAGAGCAUUGACUCCUCUUUUGGGCGAAAGAUGGGCUCGAUAGGCUUAAAACAGACUACUGUUGACUACGUCCCAAAAAUAGACAGAGAUGACAUGAGAAACGAAAGGUACUAUCAAACAAAACGUUGAUUAUUCAGAAAAAAGAAAAAGAAAACAAAAAAAAACAAAAAAAACGUUGAUGAGACAUGAAUUUCAAGCUCGCUAUCUAAAAGCCUAGGAAAAAUGCUAAAGGGCACCAGGACCCCACCUGUGAGUCUCAUGUUACAGGACCCACAUUUUUUAACAUCACUGUUACCUUAUGUUUUGGGCAAUAGAAAUUAGAUCCUAUUUGUAUGUCCCAUGAAUAAGAUCUAUCUUGGGCGGUAUUGUUUAACAUGUUGUGCUUGUAAAACGACAUCCCAUGUAUCCAUCAUGUUUGAACAAACACAUCCAUCCAAAUGUUCACAAUGAUUGAUUACAGCGAGAUGGGAAUGUUCUAUCUUUUUUUCUUUAAUGAAAGAAAAUUACGCUAUAUGGGUUAGGAAAAAUGUCAAAAGAGAUGGCGUAUUAUGUACGAGU